AUGAAAGCCGAUGAUGAUCAACAACAUGGUGGCAGGGUAAGACCUUACCAGAUUAUUAUGUUAUGUUGUGCGUAUACAGGAACAGAACUUGCUUAUGGUGUUCAAGCGGCUUAUGUUACUCCAAUCUUAGCUGGUUUAGGAAUUCCAUUACGCUAUUUAACGUUAGCUUGGGCCAUUAGCCCAAUACUAGGGUUAUUGACGCAGCCAGUGAUAGGAUCAUGGUCGGAUUCGUGUACAUGUCCAUGGGGGAGACGACGGCCAUUCAUGGUUGCCAUGGCUAUUGGUAUCUUGAUCGGUCUAUUAGCAACAGCGUUUGGUAAAGACUUGGGCUUAUUAGUGUCGUCCAAUAGUUUAUCCUUUGCAAUCGCCUUCACUUUGAUUGGCAACGGGAUAUUAGAUUAUUCAUUAGAUUCAUCAGGUGUACCUUGUCGUGCUUACCUCUUUGAUGUAACUCCGCAAAAUCAGGAGCACAAGUUUCAAAGAUUGGCUGCUAUUUUUGCCUCUGUUGGUGCUAUUGCUGGCUAUUUAAUAUGUGGAAUUGAAUGGAAUUUCGCCUUUGGUCAAGUUAUCUUUGAUCAAGCUCAUUCAGUAUUCAUCUUAACCGCAGUCUUGGUUUGUUUGUUUUAUAUUGUAUCUUUAUUCAGUGUCAAGGAAGUCCCAUUUAUACAAACACAACAACAUCGACUCGAUGCUGCAACCGGAAGCAAGGAAAUCCAAUUGCAGGAUACUAGCCAACAUGCCCAAUCGCAACAUUCAAAUGAUAUUGUCAUCCAUGAAGACCAAACUGGUAGAGAAAUACAAGCCAAUCCUAGUCGUUCACAUAUAAAAGCAGUCUUUUAUGCUGUUACAAAAAUGCCAAGAGAAUUUGCCAUUUUAUGCUUAUUAGACUCCAUAGCAUGGAUAGGUUAUGUUUGUUUUAGUGUAUUUUAUACCGAUUUCGUUGGAAUCGAAGUAUUCAAGGGCAAUCCCACUGCACCAUUGAAUUCUACUGACUAUUUACUCUAUCAGAGAGGUGUUAAAAUUGGAAGUUGGGGAUUACUCGGUCAAUCUGCUUUUGGAGGAGCAUUUGCCUUGUGUCUGGAGAGGAUAUGUAGAGUGACUGGAAGUCGUUUAAUAAUGAUUGGCGGAUUCUCAUUGGUGGGAUUAUUAUUAUUUAUUAUGGCUUUUGUUAAAGUUUUACCAUUUGUCAUUGCUGCUGGUACAUUGACUGGUAUCGUUUUUGCUAUCAUCUAUUCUAUACCCUUUGGUCUAGUUGGACAAUAUCAUGCAGCUUUUAAGGUAAAUGACAUAACAACUCGUACACUAUAUGCUGAUGAUCCUCGAUGGAGUACCAGGGGUUUUGGUAUCGAUUCUGCUAUCUUAAAUAGUUGUAUGUAUGCUGGACAAUUAACGGUAUCAUUUUGUGUUGGCGCUAUAGUCGAAGCAAGUGGUACUAGAGAUGCUGCAGCGAUGACGAUGGGUGGAUGCCUACUGACAUGUGCUUUUCUAUCCAUAUUUGUUGUUGAGCCACAGACAAAGCCAUCACAAGUUGAACUCAAUGAUUUCACCGCCAAUGAAAAUAGGAACAAUGAUUGCACCACUGUUGGUGUAGUUUAG